GUGAAUGCAGCGGCGCGCGGCUCAAUACUCCUACUUGUCCACCGCGACGUCGACAUGAACUGCUCCAAACAGAUCGUUCGCUUGCUGCUCUGCGGCGUGUGCUUCGUGGCGGCGCUGGUCUCCGCGCUGCCUGACAGCGGCUACGUGCCACUUCCAGGACCUGGACUUUCUUAUGGAGGUAUCCCGUACGGCAGCAUGAGUGGAAACGUGGCGGAAUACUUCCGAAACAUAAAUACGCCAUCUAGCGGUCGAUCGGCGAACUUGGAAUCAAACAACAACUUCGGAUACAAACCUAUUGAACAAUGGCUCCGAUAGAGGGCACUAGUCGGCAUUGUAAUUUAAUACCACACAUUUUACCUCAAUUUUAGAAUAAGCCUCAUUUAAUUUUAUUUAUACAUUUAAAAAUAAUUUAAGUUUAAUAAUUGGCUAAGAUACAAAACGUGUUUUUUUAACUAAACUUAAAUAAAUUUUACCUACGUAAUCUACCCGGCACAAACUGUCGAGGUCCCGCCUUG